AUGAAAUCAUCAUUAAAUGAUAAAGAUGAAUUCAUAGAAUUAUGUAAAAACGAAUAUCAUGGUAAUUCUCUUCAAUAUAAUAUUCUUCACGAAUUUGAAAAUACUUACUGUUCGGAUAUGGCCAUCUGGUGGUAUACAAGAGAAUCUUUUCUCUAUCGUAUUCUCAACAAAGCUUUUCGUAUUCAAAAUAUUGAUCUUUUGUUUCUUUUACGAUUCUUCAUUCGAGAUAUUCAUCGAGCAUUGACGCAAUUAAAAGAAAACCAAAUCGUAUAUCCGAUUCGAGUUUAUCGUGGUCAACUACUGGCAAAUGAUGAACUUGCUGCUCUUGUCGGUUCUGUUGGUAAAAUAAUCUCAAUAAAUUCGUUCUUUUCAACUAGUCUUAAUCGAGAUUAUGUCGUAUUUAUUUUGGGUGAUGCAGAUCCAAAUGAGAAUAGUUUAAAGCGAGUUCUAUUCGAAAUCGAUGCCGGUUCUGAUAUACAGAAUAGUAAACCAUUCGCUGAAAUUAGCGAGAGAAGUUUUUUCAAUGACGAACAAGAAGUACUUUUCAUGGCUGGAAGUAUUUUUCGUCUUAUUGAAGUUGAAGAAGUAGAUGGACUAUGGAUUAUUCGAUUAGUUCUUUGCAAGGAAGAAGAAAAUGAUCUUAUGAAACUUUAUGACCAUAUGACAAAAAAGAAAGAAUCAACCAUCAAUCUACUUUCAUUAGGUACUGCUCUAUCAAUAUCAGGCAAAUUCGACCAAGCUGAACGUUUUUUUCGAAGAAUGCUUCGAGAAUUAUCUACUGAUGAUUAUUCCAAUUUAGCAGAGAGCUACCAAGGAUUAGCAGUUCUAUCUGCUGAAAAAGGAGAUUAUCAAAUGAGUCUUGGAUGGAACCAAAAAGCACUUGAGCUUUUAGAACAAAAACUUUCUCCUGAUCAUCCAGAUAUCGGUUUUAUUUAUAAUAAUAUCGAUAUACUUUAUGGUCAAUAG